AUGGAAGCAGCCUUGACGGUGAGACCCUCCGGGGAUAAUCUCUGGAAAGCUGCCGUCGAUUCUGUCGGAGAUGAACUCAAGGCUCAGAUAGAUUUCAAGCAGGAGUCCAAAAUAGACACUCUUGGGGAGCUGUUAUCGGUGACUGAGAAGGCAAAGAAACGUCUGACUGAUCGAGCAUGGUCUUUUAAGAGAUCAUCUGGUGAGAAGGUCAUCGUGCGUGACGUAUUGGGUAAAGUAGCCAAAUGGGUCAACCUCGUCAAGCAGGUGGGCGAUUUUGCCGUCCAGUUUGAUCCGGGACAUGCUGGUGUGGCAUGGGCAGGUAUUCGAUUCAUGUUGACGGUCGCGGUCGGGGAUCUGGACACAUAUAAGGGAAUGUUCGAAACAACAGCAGACAUCGCCGAGUACAUCUGUCGAACUGCAGUUCUCGAGAGUCUAGUUAAGGGGAAAUCCUCUCAGGCGGCAGAUGAGCUGAGCCGUGCUAUUGUCAAGCUUUACAUAACCAUCCUCACUUAUCUCUCUAGAGCGACUGCCUACUGCAACCAAAAUACCUUUAAACGGAUUAUAAAGUACGGAGUUCUUGUCUCCGAUGAUCUGGAAUCGAGUUUUGCGGCCGUCGCACCAGCCCAAGAUGUCGUCAGUCGUUGUGCACUGGUGAUGAAUCUUGAGGGUAGGUUCACGGUUCCGAUCCUGGCCAUGAAUACGCAGUUGGACUCUCAAGUUGAACUCCGGCGCAUUCGAGAGAGCUUUGAUGCGCCUAUGCAGCGCUGGGAUGGAGCGCUUCAUGCCAUUUCAGAUCAGCUCGAAGGAGAACAACGAAAGAAGAUAUUGCAAAGGAUGUCAGCCGAGCCCUAUAUACAACAUCACAAACAGACGAAAAGCGAGGUGUUGAAAGGGACGGGAAAUUGGCUUCUUGAAAAUCCCAGCUUCCUGAAGUGGAAGAACGAAAGCGCAUCUUCUAUCCUGUGGAUUCGCGGCAUACCGGGAUCCGGAAAAAGUAAAUUAAUGUCGAUCGCAAUUGAGGACGCCAUGGGUGCUUUCCAGGCGAAGCAAAGUCCGCAGCCAGUAUACUUCUACUGCUCUCGCAACCCGGCAGAGCCUGGAAGAUCCGAUCCUUCGCGUAUCCUGGCCAGCAUUGCCAGACAGCUCGCCACGCCGGAAGCCGGCGGGGCCAUCCUUGAACCGGCGCUUGAUGUUUAUAACGAACGAGAGUCACAAGCGUUUGCCGAUGGGCCUCUCAGACUUGAAGAGAGUAAAGAGCUCAUCAUCAAGCUUCUCGAUCAAUACAAGGACGCGACUAUGUCCAUUGCAAUCGACGGCUUGGACGAAUGUAACGAAGAUACUCGCGGUGACCUGCUCGAGGCGUUCGAAUUCUUACUGGAGGAAUCACCGUGCCUUUUAAAACUUCUUGUGUCAAGCCGGGAUGACCAAGAUAUUGUGUAUCAGUUCGAAAAUUACCCUUGCCUGGCUCUUUCGUCGGCCCACAGCUCUUCAGACAUCGAGCUGUUUGUUGCGUCAGAGGUGAAGAAGCUUCUGAACAGUAGAUUUCUACGGAAGACCCAGAGUGGCAAAGAAGCAUUGUCUGAAAGGAUUGUCAAGGAGCUUACGGCCAAGGCCGAUGGAAUGUUCCGCUGGGUAAGCCUUCAACUGCAGGCACUUCAAAAAUGCCGUAGCGAGGAAGCCAUCAUGGAGAGAUUAGGCCAGCUACCUCGGACCUUGGGAGAUCUCUACCAAGAACUCAUCGUUAAAAUGGAAAACUUUGAAGCGACUUCGGACAGAGAGCUGGCCAAGAACAGUCUCAGCUGGCUCCUCUGCAGCCAUGCCCAGCUGGCCUCGGAAGCAUUUCUCGCGGCCGUGUCCACAAGCGAGGGCGGGGAAAGUGAAGCGAUUUCUCGAGAUCAGCUUCUGGACUUGUGUUGCAACCUGGUAAUCUUCGACGAUGCCCUCGAUGUGUUUCGAUUCGCGCACUUAUCGGUUCGUGAGUUUCUCGAAACGCACGAUUUAUUCAAAUCCGAGUCUAUCAACUCCCGUGUGGCGGAGGCUUGCCUCAUUCGUAUCAUGGAUGCGACACCCGACAUGGACAUGCAAGACGAGACAGAACCAUCUAUCGAAACAUUAUGGUACGCUUAUGUUUACUGGGGUUAUCAUACACAAGCAGCUGCUGGAGAAAGAACGACUAUUACAGACAACCUCCUGGCUGAAUUCUUAUCUGAUGAAGACAAUCCCUCGUCGUCGUUUGGUUUAUGGGAUCAAAUCUUCCGCAAUGGCACUUCGUACAGCAAGUGGACAAAGGAUCCUCCCAUAGAGCUCUCCAAUUCCUUUUCUCCUAUGCCAUGUAUUCUGCUCCCUGUUUGCAUGUUCGAUAUCUGUGGUGUUAUUGGCCUCCACGAGUGGAAGAGCUUGGCCGAAAAAGGGGUUACAAGCCUGCUUAGCAAAACUCCAAUUGAGAUUGCCGUUGAAUGGGGCUCAAUCAACAUUGUCAAGUGGGUUUUCGACAAUGAUAUCCCGGUUCCGUUCACUGACCAAUUGCUUGCAUGCCUGGCUUGGAGCAACGGGACGGAAAUGCUGAAGAUAUUUCUGGCAAAAUAUGGCUCUGAGUUUCCCAUCACGCAAGAAUUUGUGGAAAAGGCUGCUUACAACGAUUUUUGCGGCUAUGAAAUGAUGAAACUGCUUCUUGACACUCGAGGGACUGAGAUCGCGAUGACGGCGGAGGUAGUUGAGGCUGUCGUUUCUUCUCGCGGUCCUGACGACAACGUGCUCAAGCUCCUGAAACUCGUCCUUGACAAAAUCGAAAGCGACAUUGUCCUGACGGAACACACCAUCGGCAUGGUGGCUAGAGACACCACAAAAGGCGAACAAUUCCUCCAGAUCCUGCUGAAGAAAUUUGGGAACCAAGGCAUCCCAGUAUCACAACAGAUCCUCUUCGACGCCGCUAGAAAUGAAGAAUGCGGAGAUAAAUUGAUCGCGCUGUUUCUCCAGCACUUCGGCGAGCAGAUAGAGAUUACGGAAGAGCUUGUGAACAACGCCGCUGCCAAUAGUGCAGUCGCCUUCUCUCUUCUCCUUCGCCAAUCUGGUCCAAAUCCUCAAAUAUCCAACCGCUGCCUGGAACUGGCGGCAGAGUACAACGCACAGUCCCUAGAAUUGCUUCUAGACAAGCAUGCUGCCGCGAUAGUGAUAUCGCAGAGCACUGUGAAAGCGGCUGCCAGGAACCCGGCAUCUAUCAAGCUUCUUACCCAGACGCAUGGCUCCGAGUUUCAGAUCACAAGUGACAUCGUCGAAAUUGCAGCAAUCAGCCAUCCCGAGUCUCUUGACUUUCUUCUGAAAAACAGGUCGUCAGAGGCCAAACUCAACGAAAGUGUCAUCAUAACCGCUAUUCGACACAAUGUGAAAGUGCUUGAGUUCUUGCUCGACGAAUAUGGGCAUGAAAUUGAGAUUACUGAGGAGAUUAUCAAAGCUGCUGCACAAUACAGUCUGGAUGCUAUAGAGAUUCUUUUCGACAAACGCGGAGACGACAUCAUGGUCACCGAGGACAUUCUUCUUGCUGUAGCCAUGGCUUACGGAACCCAGUUUUCAUUGUACGAUAUUGAACCCAUCAUCUCGAUGUUCAUGGCGAAAAAAGAGGCAGACACUAUCGCUUCUAUCACUCCGAAGGUGUGUUCUAUGUCUGCGGCUUGUGGAGACGAGAGUGGACUUGAAUGUUUUCGUCGACACAUCCCGAAAGAGAUUAUAAACCCGGAAUGGGAUUCGAUUUGCCGCUUAUAUGUCGCAGCAAAAGAUGGGAAGUCGGAAAUUGUCGAAUCGCUCAUGCAAGAGCCAAUUCCAUUAGACACUAAGGAUAAUCUGGGUCAGACACCGCUGUUUAUGGCAGCAAAGUAUGGCCACUAUGAGGUUGUGAAGCUUCUCGCCCACGACAAGCGAGUCAAUGUCAAUUCUCUAUCUACCUUCAGGCGCUCUGCUCUAUUCGAGCCAUGCAAGUAUGACUUGGAUGAGGUGGUGGAAGUUCUGCUCGCAGCUGGUGCGGAAACCCAUUUUAUAGAUGCGGAUGGUGAGACCGCUCUUUCAGCGGCUAGAGAAGGAGAACACGAUAAAAUAGUUGCACUCUUGGAAGGCAAAUCAUCAAUAGGGGAGUGA